ACAAAAAUGAAGAAUAAUUCGUCUUCCCCGUCUCUCGUCGUCUUCUUCCUUAUCGUCGGCAUUCUCUCAUCGACUGCAAUAACUACUGCCAAUUCACGGCAAAUAAAAACACAAGUGCAUUUAUCGACUCGUGCUGAAGGUAGAGUCGAGGGCAUAGCUGUGAAGGGAGAUGUUGAAACGGUCGCAAGAGUGUCUCCUUUUACACCGACCCGCAACCGCCACUCCGAUGCUCCUUCCCUUAAAUAUAUACAGAUAUAUUAUAACAAUAUAAAUUAAUAUUAAAAUGAACUUUAAAACUUAUCGACAAAAUCUAUCCGAAUCUUCCAAAUUUAGUCCUCAAAAGGGAACUUCAAUCUAUUUUUUUUCUAAAAUUGGCAUCGCAAUUUGGGACUCCGUCCAUUCGUUCCCGUGCCUUUUUUUAUUUCCUUUUUUUUUUGUUUUCCAAUUUUACCAACUCCACUUUUCGAUCCUAACAAUUUCGAAUUCCGUCUUCCACACCGUCAAUUUCAAUCCGCCAAAAGAACAAUUAUUUCUUCCUUUAAUUCGAUCCGUUCUGUAAUUUUUCGAAGUUUUUCUUUAUUCCGAUCCAUCGGAAUUUAAUGGGCGGCGGUCGGGGGCUGCAGGGGGAGCAACUCCGGCAGCUGCGCAGCAUCUUCGACCGCUUCGACAUGGACGGAGACGGCAGCCUCACCCACCUGGAGCUCGCCGCCCUGCUCCGCUCCCUCGGCCUGAAGCCCUCCGGCGACCAGAUCCACGCGCUGCUGGAGGGGAUGGACGCGAACGGCAACGGCGCGGUGGAGUUCGAGGAGCUCGCCGGCGCCAUCGCGCCCAUCAUGACCGAGCAAGCGCUGCUCAACCAGCAGCAACUCCUCGCCGUCUUCAACGCCUUCGACCGCGACGGCAACGGCUACAUCUCCGCCGCCGAGCUGGCCCGGUCCAUGGCCUGCAUGGGCCAGCCCCUCACCUUCAGCGAGCUCAACGACAUGAUGCGCCAGGCCGACACCGACGGCGACGGCGUCAUAAGCUUCUCCGAGUUCGCCGCCGUCAUGGCCAAGUCCGCCGUCGAGUUCCUCGGCCUCACCGCCGUCUCGUAGCGCAAUCAAUUAAUCAACGUUCUUAACGAUACCUUCGUCGUUAAUUACUUAAUUAAUGGAUGUUAGAGUUAAUUCGGGUAUAAAUAAUGGUGCCUGGUGGGUUCGGUUGUGUGUAUUUUGACUUCAAAUGUUUACGUGUAAAUUAAUUAAUUUUAUUAUAUUC